AUGUCAGAAGAUACCACCCGCAAGACUCGCUCACAAACCCAACGCAAGUCAGAGACCCAACAGACCCUGCCAGAACUAGACCUCAGCAUCGACCCUCCCAACUCAGACAACCAAAAUGCAGACCCCCAACCACCACAAGACCUCCCAGAUUCAAACACCCUCGAAGGCCGCCUCUACGCCGCGUACAAACGUAAGCGACUGGGAACAGCAGAUCCUCUCGAUCCUAACUCCAAACUCUCCAAGAUCCAGCUGCAGAACAUGAUCGAAGGCGAUGCUGAGCAUAGGCUCGGAUAUCGCCCGGUUUAUCAUGAGUUCCACGAUACGGAGAUUCGGCGCGGGAUCCCGCUGGAAAAUCGCGUGUGGAUGACGAUCUCGGAGGAGGCUGGACUUACGGUGGGGGAGGAUCGCUCGAAGUACUUCCGUCCCGAUGGGAAGUAUACGGUGAGGUGA